AUGGCGACGCUGAUGGAGAUUGUGAAACCCUUAGGCAAAGGUUCAUGUGGUUCCGUCAAUCUCAUCAGAGUCACUAACCCCGACGACGGCUCGAAACCCUACUACCACGCCGUCAAAACCUCAAAAGGACCAGACUACUCGGCUCUCCACGACGAGUUUUUUAUUCUAUAUAAGCUCAGAGGCUGUCAAGGAAUCGUGCAAACCCUAGGGUCAUAUCUGACUAGAGGUGUCAAUGAGAAGGGAGAAAGAGUUUACAACAUGUCCAUGGAGUAUGCAGCUGGUGGAAGCUUAACAUCUUUUAUAGAAACAAAGUCGUUGACGGAUACGAUGAUAAGAGACUUCACUCGUAUGAUUCUUCAAGGACUUGUCUCUAUUCAUGAUCUUGGUUACGUUCACUGCGAUCUCAAACCGGAUAAUCUUCUAUUGUUUCCACUUGAUGAUGUUAAAGAAGUUUCGUACGAGUUGAAGAUAUCUGAUUUUGGAUUGUCGACACGAGAGGGAGUGGCGCCGGAUUUUUGGAAGUUUGAGUCUUGUCCAUACGUGGGAACGCCUCUUUACAUGUCUCCUGAGUCUGUUCAAUACGGCGUCGUGGAGAAGUCGUUGGACUUGUGGUCGUUAGGCUGCGUUGUGUUGGAGAUGUACACGGGAAAGCCUGCGUGGACGUGCCAAAACUCGACGGAGCUUUUGGGUCUUCUGUUGGAUGAGGAGGCGCCUGAGAUUCCAGAGACUCUUCCUUGUGAGGCAAGGCAGUUUGUAGAGACGUGUUUGGCAAGAGAUCCUGUGGAGAGAGGAAGUGCUUUGGAUUUGUUGAAGCAUCCGUUUCUUCUUGAGAGAGUUUCUGAUGAGGAGGAGGAGUAUGUGAUGUUUAAGAAAGUUGUGGAUAGACACUUGAGGCUGAAGACUAUACAUCCAAAAUCGCCAGGAUGCAGACUCGUGUUUGUUCAGUCGUUUUGUCUUGAGGAAACAGCAAGGAGUAUCCAAGACAAAGCGAGACCAAGUUUGGUUCCUGUAUUAGCAUUGUCACUUGGCCGCUAA